AUAUAUAUCAGGCAGCGAACGGGCAGCGAGGAGAUUGUCGCACCAUAACACACGCGCUCACCAGCAGGCUUUGGCCUUAACUAGCCACCAUCGUGAAAGCUAGCAAGUGCAUGAUGCGGCGAUUGCUUGAGAGGUCUACCGGGGCCACGCUUGCGGACUUUCCGUAUAUUAUAUCGGUCCCAGCUCUGAAAGCUAUCGCAUGGACAACGGCUGCGAUAGCUAUUCUCCUUACACUCGGACGACUAGGUAUCCGAUGGCGCAAAUCGCGCCGACUUCACCUGGACGACUGUUUCAACGUAGUAGCCGCGACUCUGCUGAUACCCCUCGUUGCUGCGACUCUAGCCUAUAUCCCGAUCGAGUACCGAGCACAGCUGGUCAUGCUAGGCGUCAGCGAUGAUAACCCGUCAAGAGAGGAGAUGACGUUCUCCGUCAAGAUGGUGCUGGCUACGCUUUUGUUCUUCUGGAUUGUUGUGUACAUGGUGAAAGCGAGCUUUCUAGCCUUGUACUGGCGUGUUUUUGCCGCGUCGCGUCGCUUCCGGGUCGCUUGGUGGGUGACGGCUGCGUUCGUUGCUAUCAGCUUUGGAGUGACAUGGAUGUCGGUCUUUUGGCAGUGCGGUACGCCGUCUAAACUUGGUGAUUUGGAGGCGUGCACGCAUCUGAGUAUGUCGAUCCUGAAAGCAUUACUCUCAGUGUGGUGCACGUUAGAUAUCAUCGGAUGCAUUCUGUUAAUGCUGCUCCCUAUUCCCAUGUUGCCAUGGAGAGCAGGGCUGAACAAAGCCCAUCUGAUAGGCCUGCUUUUCAUCUUCACUUUGGUUUUCCUGACCAUGGCUCUCGAUGUCUUGCGCACGGUCUGGUAUCUGUCUCCAAAUCUUGCUCAUAACACCGAUCUCGUCGUCCUGUGGGUGUUGCUCCAACCCAGCAUCGCUGUCAUCAUCUGCGUACUUCCCACAUACGGUAGCCUGGUACCACCAGGUGCACAAAGGAGAGCACCAAAUUCUUUUCGAUCUAAUUUUGUAAGGCUCAGCGACGGGGACUUCGGCCACAAACCGCUGGAAUUAGGCAAGGUCGGCAAUUGUGAUAAUGUUUGAGGAAGAGACGUCGGGACGAGAAGCUGCUUGCUUCCUGCAAUCGAUGUUCUUCGUAUCAGUUCCGACAAAGGGAUUGUCAAAGCA